AUGUCUCAUGAUCCUCAGGUUGAUUUGUUGAAUAUGGAUCACACAGCAGGAGAGUUCUUAUAAAUGCCACUAAGAAAUAAUUUUUUUUAAAGAUUUGAAACUGAGUUUUUUGCAGAACCUUGGGAUGCACCCAUUGGACCAGCCAAGAAGAGUAACUCAAAAGUCAAAACCAUAAAAUUUAAACAACCAAUAUCUCGCGUACAACCCAGGUAGCAAACCACAGAAACACCGACUACUCCGAAAAGACCUCAGAGUUGCCAACAAACAAAUUAAUUCUUAGAUCUAGGAAUACCUCCUGCUACUCCUUCUUAUACUAAAAUCAUGCAGAGGAUUAUCAUUUCUACUCCACAUAAAUCAUCAAGAAAAAACUCAACUUGUUAAUACCGAUAAAAAUGUAUUUAGAGCUUGUUGAUGGCUUAAAAGUAAAAUAGUUAAUUUUAAAAUUUGACACACUCAUCAAGUACUUACUUCAAUUUUAUAUCUUAAAUAAAUCCUGUCUCUUAAAAACUUAAAACAAAUUAAGAACCUUUGUUCAAAAAGUGUAAGUUUAAGCUAAAAAAUAUGUUAAACUGA